CGAAGAUUCGCAUUUUCGCAUGACUUGAUUUUGACGUCGGCUCCAAGCCGCCAAAAAAUUCGCCGGGUACUAAAUAAAUGGUACACGGCACGUACCAGACUUCGAAAAUGGUACCAAUUAUGGGUUCCACUUUAAUGAGGGGUCGAUUUGUGCAAUUACUGCGGAUUUUUAACGCCCGGUCGCUUCAUGGAGAUAGGACUUGUGAUGGCUUCAAAGGGACAGUAGGAUGGACUCCACUGAUUAGACUUAACAAACUCAGUGAAGCAACAGGCUGUAACAUAACAGCAAAAGCAGAAUUCCUAAAUCCAGGUGGAUCCGUGAAAGAUAGAGCAGCCUUGUAUUUAAUUAAAGAUGCAGAAGAAAAAGGAUUACUAAAACCAGGAGGUACUGUUGUGGAGGGGACUGCAGGAAACACUGGUAUUGGUCUGGCCCACAUGUGCUUAUCAUCUGGAUACAAAUGCAUCAUCUACAUGCCUGAUACACAAUCCAAGGAGAAAAUAGACAUGUUGCGAGUUCUAGGUGCUGAUGUCAGACCAGUACCUGCGGUACCAUAUGACGACCCGAACAAUUAUAACCACCAGGCAAUGAGAUGUGCAAAGGAAUUAGACAACGCAAUAUGGACUAACCAGUUUGAUAAUACGGCUAACAGGAGAGCGCAUUUUGAGACGACGGGUCCUGAGAUUUGGGAACAAACACAAGGCGAAGUAGACGCAAUCACAUUCUCGACUGGAACUGGAGGAACACUGGCAGGUUCUGGUUUAUUUUUGAAAAAACAAAAGCCUGGAGUGAAAGUGAUCAUAGCCGAUCCUCCGGGUAGUGUCUUGUAUAAAUAUGUGAAAGAUGGAAAAUUAGAAAGAACUGGCAAUGAUUCGAUAACAGAAGGAAUUGGGCAAGGAAGGGUAACUGAGAAUCUUAAGGGUGCUUUUGAAGAAGGAAUUAUUGAUGAUGCUCUGCACGUCCCCGACGAAGACUCGGUUAAGAUGGUAUUUUAUUUGCUCCACGAAGAGGGAUUUUUCGUUGGUGCUUCAAGUGGAUUAAAUUUGACCGCAGCUGUAGAGGUUGCCAAACAACUCGGCCCAGGGCACACGAUAACUACAUGCUUGUGUGAUACGGGCGAACGCUACUAUGCUCGUUUGUUUAAUAAGGAGUGGCUGCGUCAGAAAGGAUUGUUAGAUGUGAUUCCAGAGAAAUAUCAUCACGCUCUUCAUUGAUGAGAAACACUUCACAGACACAGAAGAAGAUUCAUAUGAUAUCGUCCCUAAUGAGGUCAUUAGUAAUUUAGUUAGUAGUCUUACAUUGGCUUACAAUAACGUUUUAAGAAUAUUUAGUUAGUUAUUUCUGGUAAUCUGCGUGGUAACAACAAUAUCAAUGUGAAAUUUAAAAUUUAAUGGAAUAUAUGAUUGUAAUGGGGAAAUAAAUUAGAAUUGUUGGUUCAUCGAAGUGUUGUGAUAAAAAAUGACCAAGGGGAUACGAUCAUGACCGCUUGUCUUACGUUUUGAU